AUGGAGUCCAAAGACAAAUCUAAUUCAAGUUUUGAGGACUCCCCAAGCACCAUGGUGAAUAAUCCUGGGUGCUAUGCCACUUCCCAGAUAUUCAUCGAUGAUCGAACCAACAGGCAUAAUGAUUUGGAGUUAUGUUUGCACACUCCAAACUCCAACUAUCCUCCAGUAUCAAGUAGUUCUAACAGUAAUGUCCAUGUUGCAUCGAGCACUUCCUCUUCAACUAAAAUAUAUGGUCCCCAUCCAUGUGAGGUCAGUAGCAAUGUAAAAUCAGAUUGGUAUGGAACCAAUGCGACAGACUAUUCUGGGAACAGUUGGAUCACCUCGGAUAUAACACUCGACUACAUAAACAAGCUAUUGAUGCAGGAGGACAGCGAUGACAGGGUCAAAUUACAUCAUGGAGAAUAUGCACUUAGAGCCAUGGAAGAGCCAUUCUACAAACUCCUCGGACAGAAUAAUCCAGUUUAUCCUCAGCAACUACCACUUUGUAACUGUGACCAUCUGAAAAAUAUCGAUGACAGCAUCAGCAAAUCAUGCAGCAUUUGCUCUGUUGCUAUUGACUCAAAGAAAAAACAGUUCACUCAAGAUACACUCAGCAAGGAGCUUGGUUUGAACGUUGGUGGCCUUUCAAUUGCUGAAAAGCGCAGCCGAGAUAAUCAAUCAGUUCAACUGAAUCUUGCAGAUAAAAGCAAGCAUGCAUUAUCUGAUGUUCAUACUGGAAAUUAUUCACGUACAGAAGAUUUUCAAUUGUUUGAAGGAAGGUGUAGCAAGCAGUUUGCUGUUUCAUUCAACGAGACAACCCGAGAUGAGAUGUUUGACAGGGUCCUACUUUUCUCUGAGCAUAAGCUUACGAAUGAAGGCAUUGUUUUGCGAGAAAUGAUGACAAACAAAUCAAACAGAAAUUCACAGAAUGUUCAAGGAAGAACAUCAGCUUGUCAGAAGACACGAGUUAAGAAGCACCAUAAGAAAGAGGUGGUGGAUCUAAGAACCCUUCUUAUCCAUUGUGCACAAGCAGUAUCUGUGAAUGACUAUACCUUAGCAAGUGAUAGACUGAACAUCAUAAGACAGCAUUUCUCAGUAAGCGGGGAUGAUACCCAGAGGCUAGCAUCUUGCCUAGUUGACUGCCUUCAAGUACGAUUAGCUGGAACUGGGGAGCAGCUGUAUCACAAGUUGAUGACUGAAACCUGCAAUGCUGUGGGCACUUUAAAGGUAUAUCAAUUGGGUUUAGCAAUAAGUCCUUUCAUGCGGGCACCAUACUAUUUUUCAAAUAAGACAGUCCUUGAUGUCUCAAAGGGAAAACCAAAGGUUCACAUUAUCGACUUUGGCAUUUGCUUUAGCUUUCAAUGGCCAUCACUGUUUGAGCAACUCGCCAGGAGGGAAGAUGGGCCUCCUAAGCUAUUAGCUGAUUAUGCUAGCAUGUUCAAUGUGCCUUUUGAAUACAAAGGAAUGUCAUCGAAAUGGGAAACCAUUCGUAUAGAGGAUCUCAACAUCAAGGAAGAUGACGUGCUGAUAGUUAACUGCCUAUUCCGAAUGAAGAACCUUGGUGAUGAGGCAGUAUCCCUUAAUAGUGCCAGGAACAGGGUGCUCAAUACCAUCAGAAUGAUGAAGCCAAAAGUUUUUGUGCACGGGGUAGUGAAUGGGUCAUAUAGUAACCCCUUCUUUUUACCACGUUUUCAAGAAGUCAUGUACCACUACUCUGCGUUAUUUGAUAUCCUUGAUAGAACUGUUCCACGAGACAAUGAGACAAGAAUGAUCUUAGAGAGGGAUAUCUAUCAGUGUGCAAUUCUCAAUGCCAUUUCAUGUGAAGGAUCCGAAAGGAUUGAGAGGCAAGAGAGCUAUAAGAACUGGAAGUUACGAAACCAGAAGGCUGGCCUUGAGCAGCUCCCACUGAAUCCGGACAUUGUGAAAGUAAUAAGAGAUAUGGUGGGUCAAUAUCACAAAGAUUAUAUAAUCAACGAAGAUGAUCAGUGGCUACUGCUGGGAUGGAAGGGAAGGGUACUGAAAGCAAUAUCCACAUGGAAACCUUCUGAGUCAUAUGACGGCAACUAA